ACUUUAACUUCAGUGAGGUUGAAUGCAGGACUUGGUAGUAUUAGUACUUUAACUGCAGUAAAGGAACUGAAUACUUCUUCCACCACUGUGUAGUACUACUACACUUAAUUAUCAUCAUGUGUGCGUGCCAGUGCGCAAACUGUGGGUGUUUGAGCGGGAUGGGAGGGACCGCCCUGCUGGAUACUCAGCUGCAGUCUGAGGCGCCUUCAGUUCGGCUGCAGGAGCCAAAGAAGGGGGACCAAAGGAGAACCAGAGGAGGACUACAGGAGAACUAGAGGAGGACUACAGGAGGAGCAGAGGAGCAGCAGCCUGAGCGGCAACAUGCGGACUGGUAGCAGCGUCCUGCGGGGCGCUGAGUCGUCUCUCCGGGGCCCGCUGACCGGGGCAGGUCGGGGCUGAGUCCGGACCCGGGUCAUGGACUCUCUGAUCCGCCAGCUGCUGUCUAAACAUUUCUGAGAAGUUUUGGAGCGCGUGGGACUUGGGGAAGCCCCGGGACGCGCGUGGAGAGGAUUACCUGUGAGACAUGGAUCACCUGUUGGCCGUGUUCCUGCUCGCGCUCUCUCUGGGCUUCAGGAUCGAGCAGGGCGCGUGCCAGCACUACUACCUGCUGCGGCCCGUGCCCAGCGACACUCUGCCCGUGCUGGACAUAAAGGAGGACCCGGACCCGGUGCUGGACCCCCGGGAGAGGGACCUGAAUGAGACGGAGCUCCGGAGCGCUCUGGGCAGCCACUUCGACCCGCAGUUCAUGUCUCUGUCCCCGCCGGAGGACAAGUCCGCGGCCGGGACCGAGGACCUGAACGAGGCGGAGCUGCGGCAAAGACUCUCCGGGGCCAUGCCCAAAGAGAUCCGGGCCCUGGACUUCGAGGUCCCGCACGGGAAGAAGCAGAAGCCGAGCAAGAAGCUGCGGCGGCGGCUGCAGCUGUGGCUGUGGUCGGUGACCGGCUGCCCGGUGCUGCACGCCUGGAACGACCUGGGCAGCCGGUUCUGGCCGCGCUACCUGAAGGUGGGCAGCUGCUACAGUAAGCGAUCCUGUUCCGUCCCUGAAGGGAUGUUCUGCAAAGCGGCCAAGUCCACUCACUUCACCAUCUUGCGGUGGCGGUGCCUGCAGAAGAAGGGGGGCCUCAAAUGCGCGUGGAUCCCGGUCCAGUACCCGGUUAUUACCGAGUGCAAGUGCUCGUGCAUCAACUGAACUCUGCUGCUGAGAAAAAAACUAUUUUUAUACACACGCAGCGAAUCAUUUAUCAUUUAAACUCUCAAGAGUCAGAAAAAAUGGUUUUCAUGCUACAAAGUGAAGAAAGUUCUUUUUAUUUAAAAUGUUUAUAAACAUAUUCAUGUUUUAAGAGGAAAUUAGAUGUUCAGACUGACUCUGAGAGCAGAUGACUUGUUGCACUGUGCAGUGUGAGAUUGUAUAUUUGAUGUACAUGUUUUUAUUUUCUGACAGAACUUUGUAUAAAAAUGAAGCUCAGUAUUAUUAAUAUAAUCACAUCUACUGUAUCUGUUUAUAUUUAUACUUUCUGAGAUUAAAAACGAGAAAUAUGAAGGGUUCUACUCCAAAUAUCACAAAUACACUGCUCACAGUAUAAAAAAUAAUAAUAUUAAUAUGGACAGAUUAUUAUUAAUAAUAAUUAUUAAGUUUGAAUUGGAACUCUUGAUAAAAACUUUUUAUCUUCAGAUGCUGUAAAAUAAAAAGGGACAGUUUUAUAAACUCGUGACUGAGAUUCUUGGUUUAUUUAGUUAUUUAUUUAUGGCUUCACAAACAGAGAUGGAGGAAAUACUCAAACCCUUAACUGCAGUAGAAGUACUAAUACCACACUGUAAAAAUUCUUGGUCACAGUAAAAGUUCUAGAUGGAAACCGUUACUUCAGUAAAAGUACAAAUACCACAGUAAAACACUCUGUUGCACAGUUCUUUUAAAGAGAAACCUGGUCAAACACUGGUCCAGUGUGGAGACAGAUCAGUGUAAAUUAUCUUCCGGACGAUUAUCAACCAUCAACGUAUGUCCACUUUGUUUCGGACGCUGAGAGGCUCAGGUCAUUUGUUAUAAUUGUAUAAAACAUUACAGAAAGAUGGAGACGCCUUGUUCUGAAAAUCUUACAGGGGGACUUAUUGUAAGUAAAGAAAGUUUUCAGAACCGGUGGUACAAUUCCCACAAAAACAUCAUAUGAGUGAUCCUGUUAACUGGUGACUUCCUGUUGAAAGUGUCCCUGGUUACUGAUAAUAACUUCUUUGCCAAAAAUCAUUGUAGAAGUUAUACUUUCACAGUGCAACAGAAAUAGACUGUAAAAUCUAAAAUUGUAUACCACAUUGAAUUACCAUUAAUCAUGAAACAGUACAAAAUAUUGACUUUAUCUGUCAUAAAAUGUAGAAAACAAACAUUUUGGUAAAGUUAACCAAGAAAUACCAUUACGCCACAAGCAAUUACCCUAAACAUGAUGGGAUCAUUCUGUCUAAAUUACAGAUUUUGCUGAUGUCUGCAUUUAAAUUAAAAACCCAUUAUCAUACAGCAGAAGCAUAGCGUAAUGUCUCAUGUAUUCUCACUGGUUUUUGUUUUUUUCAUCAAUGUUUGGCAUUAAUAAUUACCACAUGAGAUUGUAUUUUAAAUUGAU